CGGAAGUGGCGGCUGGGAAGGGUGGGCUGAGGUGUCUGCCGGCGGGGCAGCGGCCCGGAGCGGGGGGCGGGGGCGCCAGUUAUGUUUCCCUUCGGACCCGGUAGCCCCGGAGGGGACCAGGAGGCCGGGGCUGAUGAGCCAGCACCCCACAGAGGAGAGGCGGCAACAACCGGGUACCUCCCUUCCCCGCCCGCGCUGCCACUGCCUGGGGCUGACGCAGCUCCUCCCCCGUCGCCUUCCCGGAGCCCGCGUCGCUCCGGCGGCCCUUCGCUGCCCCAGGCCUCGCGCGCCGCGCAGCUCGGGUCACCUGGAGCGCUGCAGUCCUCAGCUGCCUCCGCCCUGGGAGAGCCGUCACCGCCCUCCCCGACGUGCCGGCGGCCCGGGCCAGACUGCAAGGCCGGGAGCCGGGAAGCGCACGGCCUCGGCGCCCGGCUGUUCGGGUGGCUGAGAGAGCGCAGCCUGGGCCGCGGGCUGUUCGUGGAUCCGGCGCGCGACAAUUUCCGCACCAUGACUAACCUCUAUGGUUCCAUCCAUCCCGCGGACUCGGUGUACCUCAGCACCCGCACCCACGGUGCCGUCUUCAAUCUCGAGUACUCGCCCGACGGGUCAGUGCUGACAGUUGCUUGCGAACAGACUGAAGUUCUGCUUUUUGACCCCAUAUCAUCAAAGCACAUAAAAACACUUUCUGAAGCUCAUGAAGACUGUGUAAAUAAUAUCAGAUUUCUUGAUAACCGGCUGUUUGCUACCUGCUCUGAUGACACUACAAUAGCACUAUGGGAUCUGAGAAAAUUGAACAACAAAGUAUGCACUUUACAUGGUCACACUAGCUGGGUGAAGAACAUCGAAUAUGAUACUAAUACAAGACUCUUAGUAACAUCAGGAUUUGAUGGAAAUGUCAUUAUUUGGGACACCAACAGGUGUACAGAAGAUGGGUGUCCGCAUAAGAAAUUUUUUCACACACGUUUUCUCAUGAGAAUGAGAUUAACACCAGAUUGUUCCAAAAUGUUGAUCUCAACGUCCUCUGGAUAUCUCUUGAUUUUGCAUGAUCUUGACUUAACCAAAUCUUUAGAAGUAGGCAGCUAUCCCAUUUUGAGAGCAAGAAGAACUACAUCAAAUUCAGAUCUGACCGUUUCAUCGAGUUCAUCUGGUCCUAGAGUUUCUGGUUCACCUUGUCAUCAUAGUGACUCUAAUUCAUCUGAGAAACACCUGUCGCGAGCCUCGCAAAGAGAAGGAGUUUCACCACGAAAUAGUCUUGAAGUCUUAACCCCUGAAGUUCCUGGUGAGAGAGACCGUGGAAACUGCAUCACAUCCUUACAGCUGCACCCAAAAGGCUGGGCCACUCUUCUUCGGUGCUCAAGCAACACUGACGAUCAGGAGUGGACUUGUGUCUAUGAAUUCCAAGAAGGAGCUCCCGUGCGACCUGUCUCACCUCGCUGUUCUCUACGACUGACUCAUUAUAUUGAAGAAGCUAACGUAGGCCGGGGUUAUAUCAAAGAACUCUGCUUCAGCCCUGAUGGGCGAAUGGUUUCUUCCCCACACGGCUACGGGAUUCGCUUGUUGGGAUUUGACAAACAGUGCAGUGAACUUAUUGACUGUUUGCCCAACGAAGCCAGUCCCCUGCGGGUGAUCCGUUCUCUGUACUCUCAUAAAGAUGUGGUACUGACAACAAAGUUCUCUCCAACACAUUGUCAGAUUGCCUCAGGGUGCCUUAGUGGACGGGUUUCUUUGUAUCAGCCAAAGUUUUAGGCACAACUUAUCAAAUAAGGAACUCUUCUAGUGUUUGACUUACAAAUUACUUCAAUUUAGGUGAAGUAUUUUCUUUUUAGAAGAUCUUAAAAGUUUGGGUCAAGAUCCUGUUUCUUACAGGUCCGUGAACACCUGUGACCUGAGUACUUGGUCGUCCAGCACCGUAGGGGCAUCGCCAAGGUAGACUAUGCAGCAUCGCCUUUGCAGCAUUCCUCAGCUCCUGCUGAUCUGUGCCAUUGAACUCCAGCUCUCCUGGUGAUUGCGCAUGGUAGCUUCUGUCAAGUUUCUGUCUUUUCUUUUUUGAUUUUGGUGUGAAUCUUGGGACAUUUCGCAGGAGUUUGGGUUGGGUUAGGAGAACCCCAUGAUACUAGAAUAAAACCCAGAAGUUUGAUAUUGGCAUACUGGUUGUUGAAAAAGAAAUUUCAUCUUCACUUAUCAGUAUACUUGGGCUUUUAAAUUUGCUGUUAUGUUUCUCUAUAAUGAGCACAGAUAAUGACAUGAUUCUCAUAACAGUUAAAUAAUCUUGCAACACAUGGUCUUUUAAGCUUCCUGUUAAAAUUAUAUAUUUUUUUUUCACCGUGAGAGGGAUUUUUUUUUUAAAUUCUAGAAAAAAACAUUACCUCCUCUCUUUGUAAUUCACUUUACUUGAUGACUUUUAAAAUCUGUAGCACGUACCCUUACUUGGUAUUUUGUUCUUGUCAACAGCAUUAGAAAGGGAAAGAAGAGAAGGGAUGGGCUUCAGUCAUUCCUAUUGUAUAGAAGAGGAUUUAUUUAUUGGAUUAGUACACUGUCUGACCACAGAGUGACUAGAGCAGUGUUAUCAGAUUUUGUUUUCUCUGCCAGAUUAUUUGAAUCACACAGGAUGACAUGUAUAGUAUUGGGGCAGAGGGGGAAUUGAAAGUAAAGAGGUGUGUUUUAGUCAUAUUUCUCCCUUGAGCCAGGUGGUGCAAGCUCAACUCUCUUAGCAUUAGUGAGGGGAGAAUAACAAGUCUUCUUCAAGCUGUGGGCAUAACUGUGGUAGUCAGUGACCUGGAUGUCAAGACCAAGAGCUGACAUGAAGGCCUUUGGUUGUGUUUUGUAAGGAACACGGCAAGUAAAACGCGUCAAGCAGGGCUCAGGCACAAGGCCGACUGCUCUGCCGAAGGAAGCAGCUCUCUGCUAGCCUCCUCCACUUUGAAUGGUCUUGUGUGUAGAAGGGAUUUGCCAGAGGCUGGAGUAAUUUAAGCCACAUGCUAGUUUUUCCCUCUUAGAUCACAUUCUCUUAGGCCAGUGGUUCUCAAACAUUAGUGUGCAUUAUAAUCAUCGAGGAGCUUGUGAAAAAUACAGAAAAUGCCCUCAGCUUAGGAGGUUCUGAAUCCGCCAGGGAGAGGACAAGAAUCUGUAUUUUUAACAGGAACCCCAAGUAAUCUUUAUUCAGAUGGUCCCUGGAUCACAGUUUGUAAAACACUAUCUUAAACAUCAGUAAAUACUUCCAUCCAUCAGGUGCUUAACACCAACUCCCAGAAGCUGUUUUGAUUAUUAAAAAAUAAGUAAAUGAAAGCAAUUUCAGAGGUAGAAAAUAACGUAAAAUGGAAUCAGUCUGAUUAUUUAACGAAUGAGAGAAGUUAAGUGAUUUGCCUAAGGCCAUCCUGAAAAAUUAAUGGCAGAGCCAGGACUUGAAUUCAAGUCUCCUAAUUCCUUGCUCAGGGCAAUUUCUACUGUAUUAUGCUGUAUGUUAAAACAAUGACUUAUGAACACUUUAUUUUGUCUUUAAAUUGUAUUGUUUUGAAUACCCUUAACAUGGCCAAUAGAUUGAAAAAGGAAGGCAUGGGAGUAGAUGCUGAGAAUUCCAACCAUAACAAGAAAAGUAUUUUAAAUCUUAUACAAAUGUUUAAGCAACCCAAAUGCAUGAAUAAAAAUGACAUUUCUUUGUAGGACCUACUGGACAGCCAUUCACACAUGUAUAGAAGUUAUAUCACUUGGAACAAUGUUGGCUCUAGGACAAAUUUUAGAAAUUAGAUCAAUUUACCAUGGAUGUUAAAAAAACUGGAAAUUUUUUGGUCAUCAAAAAAUUACAGUGAAGUACAGUGAAAACAGGUUUGCCAUAAACUUUUUAAAAAACAUAUUUAAAAGAAAAUAAAGCUUUGGAGGCAAAAACACUCAAGGUUAACAUUAAAAAUAAGCUACUAAGUACAACAAUUAUAUUGAUAAUCAAAAGAAGGUUCUAUAAAUUAUAUCCCCUUUGGAGAGAGUUCCAUGUCAAAUGCUGGGCACACAUGUUGCCCAACUCUAAAUUUCAGUUCAUGAUUCUUUAAACACUAUAAAGUACCUAUCGUGUCAAAUAAUGUAUAUACUUUAUUACUAACCUUCACAGAAGCCUUGCAAGGUAGGUGGCAUGAGCACCGAUUUACUUUGGAGGAUAUGUAGGGUCAGAAAGGAUAAGUGAUUUGUCUUAAAUCACAGAACUGGGUCCCAGCACUGGGAUUCAAACCCAGGUUUGUCUGUUGUAGUCCAAAGCCUGUGCUUACUACUCUACUAUUUUGCCCUUUAGUUUGUAAUGGAUGAUAAACUGGCCUUUUAAUUUACCUGUUUAGUAUCCUCUGGAAGUUCUGGCUUACCUUCUGCCCCAUGUAAAAGAACGUUUGCAAGACUGACAAUUUUCAUUAGAAUUAAUACGAUAAACUGCAGGGCCUACAUACAGUCCAUUAACUGAAAAUCCUCAAGCAGGAUAAGUAGCUAUAAAAUAAAGAAAAAUGGAGGCGAUAGAGCCAUACAGAUGAGAAUUAAAUAUUAACCACCAGCAAAUUCAGUAAAACAACCCUUGUCCUCUUUGAGAUAUGGUCAUGAUUAAAAAGCCAACAGGGAUGUUAAUCAAGGAAUUAAGGUCUUCAGGAAUGGCAUUACUAUUGGAGGACAUGACAUCCACAAUUUCAAGGUCCCUUUUCACUUGGAGUAUAAAAUUUAAUCUGGUGUGUUUUACUCUAAAUUUUAUUCAGUCAUUUUUAUUCAUGAUACUUGGUAAAUGUAUUAUAAUUGGUAAUAUAGUAUAAUCGUUGGAAAAUGUAGUAUAAAUUAUCCUUUUGUUUAAAAGCUUUCUGCAGAACAGUAUAUUUAUGGCAAUGCUAUGAUGAAUGAGUUUAGGAACAUCAAUUAUACUGUAGUUUCUUAUUUUCAAUUGUGAAAAUGAAGUGGCUAAAGCAGAAGAAACCUCUAUUUUAAUCUUUGAAAAUGUGUGUGGUCUUUUUUCUCAGAAGCCCAAAGAACAUGUAUAUUUUGUUAUUUCUCCUGUUAACAUCCC